AUGGUGUUGUGCUUGCUGCCAUCUGUGGAAAAAUCAGAGGCUGUCGCCACUACAAUUAGCAGUCUCGUCGAUGUUUCUUCCUUAUUCAUUAAACAUGAAAAAAAGACACCUUGUAACGAAAUGGAAAUAUUUCUAUCAGAUAAGGUUGGAUGUCGGACCCUGUUCUGUCCUACGGACAUGGAGGCAGAUGGAGGCAGGUGUACUGCCAUUAGGUACAAGACGAGAGGCAUACCGCUGGAUCUUUUGUUUGAAUCUAACGCUGUAAUCGACCGUGACUUUACAUUCAACCAUUUUAUUGAUACCGUAUUAGAAAAAAUUGCCAAAGGUUUAGACAAUCAGUCAUGUCCCAAUUGCGAUGGGAACUGCUUUAAUAACACUGACAUCUGCAACGGCACGUGCGUAAGUGGGUUCUUCGGCGAAGAAUGUGGCUUGAAUUGUACAACAAAUUGUCGUUAUGGCUGCAACAGAACAACAGGGGUCUGUAACUCCUGCGCGAAAGGCUUUUAUGGGGAAAACUGCAAUGAAACUUGUCCAGAAAAUUGUUAUUCGGGGUGCCGACAAUCAGGAUCGUGUUUUGGUUGCUAUCCCUUUUGGUUCGGAGAUAGGUGUGAUCAGAAAUGUCCUGUACAUUGCGACAAAGGAUGUGACGCCGCAACAGGAGAGUGCAUUUAUGGGUGCAAAUCGAACUUCUGGGGCACAGAAAGUUGUAACAAAACGUGUUUUGUAAACUGCUACAAUCCCUUUGGCGGCCCGAGCUGUAUACAGAUGUCCGGAAGUUGCAUCAGGUGCAAGCCUGGCUACACAGGUUUAUCGUGUAAGGAACGUUGUAUAAUUGCUAACUGUGAUAGAUGCUCAAAUGAAGGCGGAAUACCUCUUUGUUACCAGUGUUUGCCGGGAUUUACAGGACGAGACUGUAACGGAUCGUGUCCAGCUCACUGUAAAGAUAACACCUGCGAUCAGCUUACUGGGGCAUGUACUUGCGCAGAAGGCUGGUACGGGGACGAUUGUUCAAUGCCGUGUUUUGGAAACUGUGCCCUUUGUGUUGAUAACAGCACUUGUAUUGCAUGCAUCGACGGUUAUUAUGGAGAUAGAUGCGAAAAACGAUGUCCAAGCAAUUGCGAAAAAUGUUCGCGUGAUGGAAAAAGUUGUCCUGGAAUGUGUAAUGGCUGGGAUGAAAAUUAUGGGCCUAUUUGCGCAUGUCGUCGGUCCGAGUGCGCCCAAAGAGAAUCUGGUAGUUAUAAAUGUCUGAAGUGUAAAAAGGAAUCCUGGUUCACGCAGGAUUCCGGAUGUUGUCCGUGCAGUGACCAUUGCAACGGAAGCUGUGAUGGGGUCAACGGUACAUGCACAUACGGUUGUCUUGCUGAUUACCACGGACCGACAUGUGAUACGCAAUGUAGUACGCACUGCAAUGGGUCAUGUGACCUUGACACUGGAGAAUGCGAACAGGGAUGUCAAGACGAUUGGGUCACUCCUACAUGUGAUAUACAAUGCAGCGUAAAUUUUCCACACUGUAAAAAGUGUCUAACAUACAAAACACCGCAACAGCACGAUGCAUAUUGUAGCGGAUGUGCGGAAGGAUAUCACAUCGUUUCUCACGGAGGCUGUGUUCCAUGUGAUCAUUGCUUGAACCGAAACUGCAACACCACUACCGGUGAGUGUUUCGGCCCAUGUGUUGACGGCUACUUUCAUUCUACCUUAAACUUUUGUGACGGGGAAUGCAAUGAAAAUUGCAUCGACGGAAAGUGCAACAAUAAUGACGGAAACUGCACUAAAGGAUGCGUGCCGGGAUAUUACACAGAAAGGUGUUUGAUUGACUGUCCAUCGUUUUGUAGUGCAGACGGAUGUAACCGGGAUACCGGAAAUUGUCAUAAAUGUGCGGAUGGGACGUAUGGCGAGUACUGUUUCUCCAGCUGCCCGACAAACUGUCUAACCAAAAGCUGCGACAGGCAAACAGGGGCUUGUUCAGAGUGUAAACUUGGUUACUAUGGGGAAACCUGUGAUACCAGAUGUCACGGAUGUUUAGACGUGACGUGUAGUCAGACGAAAGAUUGCGAAACAGGAUGCAUGCCGGGAAAACAUGGAAGAUAUUGCGAGAAGAAAUGUUCAGAGAAUUGUUACGUUUGUGACCAAGAUACUGGGAUGUGUCUUAUGUGUAUCACGGGAUUCAGCGGUGUCGGAUUUAGAGGCGCUAACUGUAGCAUUCCAUGUCCCGACUGUGUUAAUGAAUACGAAAAGAAUACAUAUUUCCCAUUUCAUGGGUCAUGUUACCACGGAAGUUUUGGACAACUUUGUAUGAAAAAUUGUGGUAAUUGUUUCCAUUCAACUGGUUUUAAGAAAUGUGAAAAAUUUUCCGGAUAUUGUUCGAACGGUUGUGCUUCCGGUUAUUACGGACUGACAUGCGAAGAGGAAUGUCGAAAUUGCCAACCGGAUACUAACAAUAUGACUGUAUGUGAUUUCACUUCCGGUUCAUGUCAAGAUGGCUGCCUUGCUGGUCACUUUGGGUUAACGUGCAAUUUCACGUGUGGAAAUAACUGUCUCAAUAACAUUUGUGAGCGGACAGAUGGGUCAUGCGUUGAUGGCUGCAUUUCCGGUUGGCAGGGUGAUCAGUGUAAUAUUGCGAAACGGACACAGAACAGUGGCUCCUCUCUGAGUGGAGGAAAGAUAGCCGGAAUCAUCAUCGGCAUUGUAUUUGGAGUCGCUUUUGCAUCAGCUGUCAUUUACUUCGUAAUCAGGAGUCGGAAGAGAAACACUAUGAAAAGAACUAGAGUCCCUCAUCGGGAAUUUUCCUUAGAUUAA